GAGUAUUGUUCUCAACGGGACUUAUCCUUAAUUUACGACUUUGAUGCGGUUUUGACGCGUGUACUUUGAGGGAACGAAGGAUUUAAUUAUAUUCCUUCUAUAUUUGCGAACUUUGAACCCCCGAUUUUAUGUUCUAAACUAUCAGUUUUGACGAGCAGAAUAGCAGCGACAAUGGCUGCGUCGGAGGGUCCUAACCUGCAAGACUGGAAUAUCAGCAAGUCUGCAUUUCUACCCCCUACGAAUCGCGGAGCUCUUCGAGCUUGGGACCGCGCGAAGGUGCCCUCACGUGCCCCUCGACUACACGGCAAGAAGGUCUGGAAGAAGGUUGCGCGAGCCUUUGAGAAAGAUACAAACGACGAGGAGGCACAGCUGGAAUUACAAAAGGAGGGCACGGGAUCGAGGAAGAAGUCGCGGGCAACCAGCGCGAAACAGAACAUAAGGGAUGCGGAGUGGGAUGGCACAGAAUGGGAGGGCUUCCCAGACGAGAUCAGCACUGCUGUUGAAAGUGCGGCACACGCUGGAGAUGACGAAAGCUCGAUACAAGACGACCUGAAGUUUGUACCGAGGAAAAGGAGGAAUGACAACAAGGUCGUCUCGCCAAAGAAGUCCCUCCGCCAAACCAAACUCAACAUACAAGCACAAUCCGAGCCGCUGCAGAUAUCACCCGAAGGCGCCAUUAAGAGAGCUACGCGGCCGCGGAAAUCCCUACGAAAGAGCCUGAGGAGAUCGAUGCUUAUUGACACCGAAGCUGUUACAAUCCCCCCUCAGACCGAAUCUCCGAAAAUCACUCCGGAUUUCGACCUAGCGAACGAAGUCUCAAUGCUGGAAGUCUUUUCGCCAGUGAUUCGAUCACCUUUAAAAUCUCCCGGAAAGAAACAGAGGUCGCGCGCCGCGAAAGAACAGAGGUCAAGCGCUGGAGGGGACCUUAGGCUCUCUGGAGCCUUUUUCGCUGGUGCUGAUAACGAAAGCUCAGCACCCAAUGGACCCAGCACAGAUAAUGCAGGGGUUAUGGGAACCCCUGUUCGUGCGGCAAAGGCUACAGCAGUACCAGCUACCGCCCCUCCCAAGGUCCAUCUCAGCAGGAGCGAACUCGAGAAUCAAAUGGUUAACUUCUUCACCCCUAUCGCGAAGAUGAAGAAGGUGAAGAGGCGCUCAUCUCCUAUCAAAAGCUAUCUUCAGGAGCUUCUGGAAAAGAAAUCGCUACCUCUGGAGCCUUUAGAGAAGGAGACGGAAGAGUGCCUGGCAUUGGCUGAUGAUCACAUUUCUACUGGGACUGGUGAUGUAGAGCAAGGUCAAGAGCAAAAGGACGAAGCUUCCACAGAACCUGCCACUUCUGAGAGUGACGCCCCAAGCACCGAUGAUGCUCAAGAAAUACCUGUGGAACAUGAAGAGAAUGUUACGAGUGCUACAGAUAUUACAUCAGAAGAACAGGAAGCAACGGACGCGGAGGCCAACGAUGCCUCUGAGGACCCAGAGCCAGCAGAAGCUGACAACACUUCUCCCACCCAGCCCGAGCAACCCGUCUUCGAGCACACUGAGGACGCCACCCACUCGGACAGCCCAUCCGAGUCAAGUGAGUCCGCCGACUCUCACGAGAGCGCUGAGUCUGCCGAGUCCGCAUCCUUCACCCCCCCGGCGGUAGACUACGAUCACGACGACACCGACAUGCUCCGCUCCUUCCUCACCCGCGUGCAAGCCUCAAAAGCUUCCAAAUCUUCACCGAAACGCAAGCGCUCCCCACACUCUCCGCUGCGCAUCCCACUGGGGGAUAUGGAUAGCAACCUCUCCCCCUCCCCCGUAAAGACCGCUUCGAAAGAGCCCGUCGACCCGACGUCGAGUUCGCCUGUUAAGCGGUCGAAGCGACUUAACUCGUCGGCGCCGGGUGACGAGCCGACGGAACCGCAGAGUAUUCGCCGGAGCGGCCGCACAAGACUCCCUGUUAAAUCAGCGGCGCCGGGCGCACCUAGUUUUAUUCCAAUGAGGAGGCUUGGGGGAGAGGAUACAACGCUCACACUUGGGGGGAAGAAUGAGGUGAAGGAGCUCGCUGCGCUGACGCGGGUAAAUACAAGGAAGAAUAAGGCUGGUGCACUAGGCGCCAUGGAGUUGCUGGCAAAGAAAGCGGAGGAGAAGGAUGACCCUGUCUUGAGGCAGCGGUUGCUGAAGGAGGUGUUUGAUGACAAGGAGAAGAAAGGGAAGGGGGGAAAGCCGAAGAAGGCAGUCGUAUGGGCGGAGGAAUUGACAUGUGUGAGGGAAUUUGACGAGAAGAAGAUUAUUUCUAAGAGUAUUGCUGGGCCCAAAGGGGCUACGAAGAAGAAGACCGUAGUGGUUGAGGAAGAUAAGGAGGAGAAGGCGACCAAGGUCAGGGUCGGGAUGGCGAGUUCGAGGGAGAGCAAGAUCGCGCUCGGGAUGGGUGUGAAUGGGACGCCGGCGCCGAAGAGGCGUAUCCGGGAGCCAAGGGUGAAGGUGUGAAAGGGGUGCCAUAUACCCGGACAUGUGAAGGACGGGAGAGGAGUUUUAUUCAAGGCGUUUAGUUUCCCACGGAUUAUAGGCGUUUCACUGGCUAGGACGGAUGAGCUGGAUCGGUAGAAAGGGAAAUGAUGAAGAUGUUCAAACCACC